GGUAUAUAGUCGUUGUUGAAACCCUGCUGAAAACCCUCCAAAUUAUCCUCCUUCCUUACAAUACAACCUUCCUCCGAUCAAAUCUACAAUCAACUCCAUCCACACAUUCAAUCUCUCGAAAGACGACCAUGAAAAAGACGAUCAUGAAAAAGGCAGCUCUGAAAGCAGCCGUGAGAAAGGCAGCCAUGGGAAAGAGAACCACCAAGAAUACGACCAUGGAUAGGACAAUAGUUGCUGUGGAAAACAUGGCUAUAACAGCCCCUAUUUCAAGCUGGCUCACACCAAGUCAAACUCUCGCAUUCAAGGCUCUCAAACGCUCAACCGAGGACGACAGCUUCUUCGCAUUUGAAUUUCUUCCCCUCGAGGUCCAGAUCAUGAUCUUGAAGUACACACUGCCUCAAAAACGUCUUAUCCGUAUGGGAUUUAGAACCGAUUUCGAAAAUUACAACAUGAUCUUGAAUUUUCAGAUGCUACCUGACAUGCAUCUGACACCAUUGCUCAACACUUCUUGGCUAUUUAACACGGAAGUUCUCAAGGAAUUCAAGAAAGUCGAGCUCCAAAAGUACUCCAGAGGUGUAAAAUCAAAGCUCUACAAAGCUUUAGAUAACGAUAAUUACUCUCCCCCGAAUUAUUUUUGGGAUCGUUUUAGACGCAACGUCUUUUGUGAGACAGGAUCUGGAUAUCGCUCUUUAGAUCAUGUCUAUAUUCGACCCGAGACUGAUACAUUAGUCAUCGACUAUCGCCAGCUUUUCAUUCUUUACUUCAUCGGCGGGUCCAUUGACUUUUCAAAUGUCAAGAAUAUCGCCCUUACCAAUGUAAGACAAUUCGAAUGGACCUGGCCAUUCUAUCAUCUCGAUGAAGACGAUGUGGAUCGUUUGAUACUCGGUGUCAUUAGUGUCGGAUGUCCUCAUCUUGAAAAAUUCACAUACAUCAUCUCAAACGAAGACCCGAUGACCGAAAUGCACAUCGACACAGAAGAAGUAAUCUUUGACAUCAACGAAGAAUUUUACUAUCAAGAUUUCGAGUAUGAAGACGGGGAAUUCCACUAAGAAGCCCCUAAUAACUUGAUGGACAUUAAGAAUGAUGUGGAUCAUGUUCAUCGAUGUUUUCUCAGGCAGCUUGACUCUGAAUAUAGACUCAAAGACGAUGUUAUGAAUUUCUGGAAGAAGCACGCACCGGAUACAGACAUGAUCGCGAGAUUCGAUCCGGAUUCAGAUUGGCGUUUACGUAUGAAGCGUUGUCCGGAGCCUAGGUAUCAUUUCGUGGGAUUCGAUACUUACUUGCCCGCUCAUGCUGAUGGAACUGUUCUGAGUCGGUAUAAAGGAUUGGCUCAAAUCUUUGAGGGUGCACCAUGGUAAAUCGUUUACCAUUGGAGAUGAAGGGCUAUCAAAGAGAAGGUUUACGGAUGACAGAGCUUUGCAAGCUAGGAGAUUGCAGAACGCGGGAUUCAUAUGAGCAAGUCAGGCAGGUCAUGGGAGGAAGUGGGAUUUAAUGUUCAUAGUUCAGGCACGAGUGGCUCUCGUGGGGAAGUGAUGAAGGUAUCAGCACCUGAAUGUUUUAGGAAAAUCUAUGAGGGGCUAUUAAGGCAUCGGGACAAGAUCUGCUAUGGACAGACGGACGGAUUGGAGAAAACAUAGCAUCUCUCCACAUUCUCCUUAUUUCCCUCGCUUAUCUUUUUUCAAAAAUUGAAGCUAAAAAAAGAUUCAUCACUGUAGCUAGUCCCUCCUGUCAAAUGCUUGAACAUCUUUAUAAUCCGUA